AUGUCGUUGAAAUCUAAACUCAAACAACACAUGAUUUACUUUGAAUUUUUAAAUCAAUUAAGUGAAGGAAAAACAAAUGAAUUAAAUACCAAUUCUUUCAAUUUAGAAUUAGAUGAAAAAAUGAAAUUAAGAUGUGAAUUAUUAUUUACUUAUUUUACAUAUUAUAUGAAAAAUCCUCAAGCUCCAAAACCAAUUGAAAUUACUUGUUUAGAAGAUAGAGAAAGAUAUAGAGGUUAUUAUUGCGCUAGAUUAUGUCGAAAACAUUACAAAAGAUUAUUACAGAGAAGAAUUCAAUUACAAAAGCAAAAACAAUACUCUUUGAGUAAAGAGGAUAAAAAAUAUUCAUUUGAUGACAGUAGUGAUGAAUAUGCUACUUUGCUUGAUGCUUAG